CCUUCUGAAUUCAUUACCUUAAUUACACUGAGAAGUCUUCACUGGGACAUCCCAUUCAGGAUCAUUCCCUUUCUCAAAUGUGCUCCUCUUAAUACUUAGCCCCAUGAUACCCCAGCCAGAAAUCUCACUAUUGCAGUAUUAACUUGGAUUGUAUAUGGGGAAAAAAACCCUAAUACUUUAAAUCUUCCCUUUGGGGGUUUUAUUCUUAUUCAUUUCCUAAUAUCACUGUUAGCAUUCAAAUGAACAGAACUGAAGCAUAUUCAAGGGGCCAUCUGGAUUUUUAUGAGUAGGCACCCACACACUGAGCAAAUUCUUAAAAUAACAGUUUUCUAAAAACCAGUUUUAGAAGCAGUCAUGGUCUCCUGCCACAAACUAGGGGAAGGGAAUCUAGAACAAUUACCCCACCCCACUUAAAGUAAAUAAGUGACUAGAUGCUAGCCAGAUAACCUUAACCAGGCAAUCAUAGGUUUUGGACUAAAUGUGAAAAAGUCCUUGUUUAAUUUAGAUAUCUUUGAAAACUACUGGAUUAAUUAGAGUGAAUAUAAGCAGUGUAUUCAGAUCGAUUGAGGAAUUUUGGUCACAUUCUCUGGGUCACCUAUAAACUAGCAUACCCGUUCAGUACCCAGGGAUUCAAGUGUCUGGCAGGUAAUGGUGGAAGCCUUCCAACCAAAGCCCUGAGAAGGAAUCACCUGGGGGAAGAAGAGCCCUAGUCCCAGCUUUGAUCUGGGUCACUGUUUCAGUCUUUCUCCUCUCCACUCUUGGCCAGAGCGGGACCGUGAGGGCUAUGUGAAUUUUUAAGAGUUCAGAAGAUUUUGUACUCUCAAACUGAUCGGCCAUGUCACCCCUUCCCCGCUUCGAUAAAUGCCCUAUAGCCCCCAGCAUCUCCAGUAUCAUAUAUAAAACUCUCUGUUCGGCAUCCAAAGCCUUUCAGAAUCUAGUCUCUUCCCGGCUUUCCAGUCUUCUUACACUUCAUACCACUCACCCACUGUGCAAUUUCACUGGCUGUCCCCGAAACCUGGAACUCUCUCCCUGCUCUUCCCGGCCCCGUGGUUUGCUUCAAGUCUCAGGGGUUUGCCUGAAGAAAAGAAAAAAAUCUGGAGGGAAAUCUCCCUCAGACGUAGACCCCUGCUAGAGAGCCUUCCCCCAGUUACCCAGGCCCAGGAUGACUGAAGCAUCCAAGAGGCUCAUAGCUCUGGGCCCCCACCUCCCAGAGGACCAGGAGAGAAUUCUAAAAGUGAAGGCAGAGGAAGACCACGCAUGGGGGUGGAAGGGAUCCAGACUUCAAGAUCCCCUUCCACACACCAGAGACAUUUUCAGACAACGAUUCAGACAGUUUUGCUACCAAGAGACUCCUGGGCCACGCGAGGCCCUAAGCUGCCUUCAGCAACUUUGCCAUCAGUGGCUUAGGCCAGAGAUCCACACCAAGGAGCAAAUCUUGGAACUGCUAGUGCUGGAGCAGUUUCUGGCGAUCUUGCCUGAGGAGCUCCAGACCUGGGUACAGCAGCAUCAUCCAGAGAAUGGAGAGGAAGCCGUGACUGUGCUGGAGGAUUUGGAAAGAGAACUUGAUGAACCAAGACAGCAGGUCCCAUCAGGUGCUCUUGAACAGGAAGUGGUCUUGGAGGAAAUAGUACCCCUGGAAGGAGGCCAGGAGUCUUCAGGUGCCCAGCUCAGAUCCGUGGAGGCCAAUCUGGAAUGUGAAUCUCCAGAACCGCACACCCUACAAGACAAUGGAUCAUUUCUGUGGUUCUCCAUGAUGUCUCAACAUGCAGGAGAUGAAAACAUUGUUAGUUCAAAUGGAAAUGAAGUAGAAAUACAGCCAAAAAGCAUGAGAGAAAAGUUCCUUAGAGAUCUUGCAAGUCUACUGAAAAGCAAAAGUAAUAACACAAAGAUAUUUUCUAAAGAGAAAUACUGUCAACUCAUAAAGGAAGUAAAAGAAGCUAAAGCAAAGGCAAAAAAGGAAUCCAUUGAUUAUCGCCGUUUGGCCAGAUUUGAUGUGAUCCUUAUACAAGGAAGUGAGAAACUGAUUGAGGCUGUUAAUGGAGAAACAGAAAAAAUACGAUAUUAUUUACACAGUGAAGAUUUAUUUGACAUCUUGCAUGAUACACAUCUCAGUAUUGGACAUGGUGGGCGUACCCGUAUGGAAAAAGAGUUGCAACCAAAAUACAAAAAUAUCACAAAAGAGGUUAUAAUGUUAUACUUAACUCUUUGCAAGCCUUGUCAACAAAAGAAUUCAAAGCCACCAAAAAAAUGUAUUGUGUCUAAGCCCAUAAAGGAAGUCAAUUCAAGAUGCCAAGUUGAACUCAUUGACAUGCAGUUAAAUCCUGAUGGUGAAUACAAGUUUAUUAUGAGUUAUCAGGAUCACCAAACAAAAUUAAGUUUUUUGCGGCCAUUAAAAUCAAGAAGGUCUGAGGAAGUGGCACAUGCUUUGUUGGAUGUUUUUGCAAUUAUUGGAGCACCCAGCGUUUUACAGUCUGAACACGGAAGAGAUUUUUCUAGCCAGAUCGUCAAUGAACUGAGCGUGAUGUGGUCAAAACUAAAAAUUGUCCAUGGAAAGCCUCGGCCCUGUCAGGACCAUAGUUCUGUGGUACAACCUAAGGACGACAUCCAGAGUAUGAUGAUCUCCUGGAUGCAAAAGAACAACUCCUUGCACUGGUCGGAAGGUCUUUGGUUCAUUCAAAUGAUGAAAAAUCGACCCUUUCACAGAAACAUGCAGCACACUCCGUCUGAAAUUGUAUUUGACUCAGGAAACAAAGUUGAGCUGUCUAUUUCUAACUUAGCUGAAGACAUUGACCAUCUGAACACAGAGGGUCAUUUAGAACAAUCUGAAAAAAAAGCAGGAAGUAGCCUGAAAGUUAAUGAGGCUGGAACUGAUAGUAGUGACAUGGAAGAGAACCUUAAUAUAACAACUCCUAAAGUAGCUGAACUCACUUCUACCCCUCAGGGCAGCUUAAAUUUUUCAUCCUGUGUGGUUUGUGAAAAAGAAUGGACUGGUGCUUGUUGUAAACUGUGUAAUAGGGAUGUCCAUGCAAUCUGUGGCAUUUCCUCCUGGGAUGAAGUGGAAGGAUGUAGCCCAAAAGUCACAUGCAGUUUUUGCUGUGGGACUCAAACAAUGAAAAGGAAGCAUACCAGUACCCAUGGAAGUUUGCCUACCCAGGCAUCAAAAAUGCUGAAACAAUCAGAGUCCAAGUUUUCAACAGCCAAAGUAGGAGACUGGGUGAGAGUUUGAAUGUCGAAUAUAGGCUGAGACUGAAGGAAACCUAGAAGCUCUGAUCUUGAUGAGUGAUAAGGGUAUAAAUAUGAUAUGAAGCACGUUUGACCGAAACAAAGUUCUUUGAAGUUAUGGCCAUUGUGAAGUCAAUUUUUCUAUAGAAGGGCUAAUGAUUCUGAAUGAUGUUUCUAAGGAAGAAGGUUAGGAGCUAUAACUUUCAGUCACAUCUCUAUUAUUGGCCUGUCCUUGUGGAUUUUAGAUCUUUAGUUCUUUUUCAGUGGAGAGCACUGGGAAUAGCUAAGAAGUAAGGGUCCAGAGAUGAGUGUAGGGUGUGUGUGUGUGUGUCUGUGUGUAUCUGUGUGUGUGUGUGUGUCAGUAUGUAGGGUAUGAAGGUAAGAUUUGGGAAAGAUUUUAUGUUAUGUAGGGAAAUGAAAGUGAAUUUGGGUGGGGAAGUCAGUUGAGACAUGGUAUUGACUUGUGGUGGAAAUUUGAGUGUGGAGGCUCCAGGUUGGUUUAUUUGGGAAAGAGUUGAAUUCAGCAAGGACAUAACAUUUCAGAUUUAUGUUCCAGGGAUGAAGUUAGGUAGAGGAGAAUUGAAGUCAGACAGUGGUUUUGAGAUUAAGGGGUAUGUGCUCAAUUCAGGAUUUUUGAGGUAGAAAGGUAAGCUUGGCCAAAUUGGAGGAAGGGGCUGAAUUCAGACAGGAGGGUGGAUUAUUUUAGGGUGGAAAGUGCAGUGGAGUGGAAAUAGUGAGUUUAGCUGGUAGGAGGUGAGUUUAAGCAGGGGAUUUGGGAGAUGGGCUAGGGAGUUUAAAUUGGAGGAAUAAGGACAGUUUAUCCUAGGAGUUGGGCGCUUUGAAAUGAAGCAGGAUGGAUGAUUGUGGUAGUAAAAUGAAUUUGAGCACAGUGUUUCAGGUGUUUGGGUCAGUAUCUGGGCAAAUGUAAUGAGUUGAGAGCAGAGGAAUAGUUUUUAUAUUGCAUCCCUGGCAUCCAGACUGAGCCUUUGUUAUUUUUGUGGAAAAGAUCAAUAAAGUGUUACAGACCAGUGAAUGAGCAGGAUGUCAGGUCAAACGGGGCACUGGAGGUCCAGUGAGGGACUGAGGAUUUAGGUGUUUGUAAGAAUACAUAUGGAACAUACCAAAAUCAUUAUAGAAAGUGAGAUCCAGGCAGUGUGAUGCUGAAAGAUGCCUAGGUAAAACUAAAGAUUUUUUAAAAUUCAAAAUGCCACUAAUACUUCAGAUUUUUUUUUAACAGAAAUGUGAAAACUGACAAUGGGCUGGCUUCCCAAACUGAGGAACUGGGGAAAGAAAAGAUUUUCUAACCCAGCUCUGCAACCUCCGUUGUGUUAUAUGCUUUGCUGUAUUUUGAUUUUUAAUAAAACCUGAUAGCCUUUACAAAAUUCUGUUUGGGCGGGAUUUAAGGUGACUUUCUUCUUGUUCUUUUACUUUGCCAUCUCCUUUUAACUGGUCAUAAUACGGAACUGAAGUCUAUGUUUUUUUAAAAUCUUGUAUUCAUUGAAUAAAGGU